AUGAAAUGGAAAUACAAUUCCAAAUCCAAGAAGUCCAAUUAUUCUAGCAUAGCAGGGAAAAAGCAAUUCUUUGAGCUCACAUUUGAUGUCAAACACAAGGAAAUGGUCAUGGAUGCGUACUUGCCUUACGUUAUAGAGACAUUCAAGGCUAUGAAAGAUGCAGAAAAGAUUGUCAAGCUGCAUACUCUUCCAAGGUCAGAUACCUACACAAUGAUGAGAUGGAGUGCAAUCAAUCUCGAACACCCUGCAGCAUUCGAGACAAUAGCCAUGGAUACCAAGCAAAAGAGAUUGCUUUUGGAGGACUUGGACAGGUUUGUUAAGAGGAAAGAGUUCAAUCAAAGAGUAGGAAGGGCUUGGAAAAGGGGGUAUCUGCUGUAUGGUCCUCCAGGGACUGGUAAAUCAUCCCUGAUAGCUGCUAUUGCUAAUUAUCUGAAGUUCGAUAUCUAUGACUUGCAACUCACUCAUUUGACAUCGGAUGUGGAAUUGAGAAGAGUGUUGCUGGCAACAACAAAUAAAUCUAUACUCGUGAUUGAGGAUAUAGAUUGUAGUCAACUGAAGCUGCAAGAUAAAUCGAAUAGCAGUAAGAAAAAUGACUCAGAAAGCUAUCAGCUUUCGCUAUCGGGACUACUGAACUUCACAGAUGGCCUGUGGUCUGGCUGUGGAGAAGAGAGAAUCAUUGUAUUCACUACCAAUCACAAGAGUAAGCUUGACCCUGCAUUGCUGCGAUCAGGCCGAAUGGACAUGCAUUUCCACAUGUCCUACUGCUCACACGAGGGGUUCAAAACAUUGGCCUCCACAUACCUAGGCAUCAAAGAACACCAACCAUUGUUUGAUGAGAUUAAAAGCCUACUGCAGAAGACAGAUGUCACUCCUGCACAAGUUGCCGAGGAGCUGAUGAAGAGUGAGGAUGCUAACGUUGCACUCCAAGCUUUGAUCACAAGGCUAAAGGAAAUUAAGAAAAAGAAGGAAGAUGACAAGAAGGCCAAAGAUGAAGCAAAAGUAAAGAACGAUACAAAGAAAGUUGAUCCUAAGCAGUUAACAUAUUUUAUUUGA